AUGGAGAAGGCGACAGAGCAACGCCAUAGCAAUGGUAAAGGCCAUGAGGUCGACGCUGAACAGGGGGCCAACUACGGUAUUGGACAUGCCGAAGCUCCUAUGAUGCAACACCGCGAGGACGACGAUCGUGCCGAUGAGGCCAAGGGUAGAAAUGCGGAUCAGAUGGAUCGCAAGUACUGGCUCUCCGUCAAUUACAUUGGCACGAUGUUCGCCAUCGGGAUGGCUUUCAUGGGCGGCAUAGGAGGCUUCGGUCUUGUAGCACCCAUCUUAGGCACAAUCGAUGUGGAUCUUGGCCCGUCACCAAACAUCAACUGGGUGCCACUCGUGAAUAUCUGCGGCGGUGCAGUUUUUUUCCUUAUGGUUGGCAAGCUUUCAGAUAUCUUCGGUCGCCGCUGGUUCUUUAUCUUAGGCAGUGUACUUGGCCUUCUAGGUUCCAUCACCGGCGCAGUCGCCAUGAACGUCAACACCAUCAUCGGCGCCGAGGUCCUCAUUGGUGUAGCGGUCGCCUUCCAGCAAUCUUUCUUCUGGGCAGUCGCUGAGCUGGUCCCCAUGAAGUACAGAUAUUUCGCGAACUCCUACUGCUACCUGAUGACUAUUCCCUCAUCGCCACUGUCAGCAAGAGUCGCAUACAGCUUCCUCCAAUACCCCGGCACAUGGCGCAACUCCUUCUACUUCCUGAUCGCCAUCAAUGUCGUCAGCAUCCUGUCGUGGUGGGCUUUCUACCACCCACCGACUUUCAGCAUGUUGCACAGGAAGAAGCUUGCGAGAGAUCUUCUGCUCCACUUCGACUGGAUUGGUGUGCUUCUGUACAGCGCUGGUCUCAUCAUAUUCAUCUUCGGGCUGAACUGGGGUGGUGUCUUGUACCCAUGGGAGUCCCCUCAGGUCCUCGCAACAACCGUCAUUGGCGGCAUUACGCUGUUCGUGGCCCUUCCGAUCUGGGAACUCUUCGUUAAGAAACGGGGAAAGGAGCCUUACUUGCCGCUUCAUCUAUUCAAGAACGUGCGAUAUAUGGCUGCUGCGUGGAACAACGGCCUCGGAGCCGAGUACGACGUUGGUACCCUCGCCGGCUUGACGGCCAUGGCAUUCGUUUUCGCACAGGUCUGCCACGGCUUUGUCGAGUGGAUCACUGGACCGAAGUGGGGAACACGUGGAGCAGCAUUGUGCGGAUGUGCUUUAAUGACUGCCUGCGCCACUGAUCUAGGCAAUCGACCUCUGACAAUUGGUCUCCUUAUUCCCGGCGCUUUCUGCAUGGGUCUAGUCGAGGGAAUCUCAACCACAACUUCAACAUUCCAUCUGCGAUCACAAGAGGAGAUCGGCGAGGGUGGUGGACUCUGUGGUAGUAUUCGAAAUUUCACAUCCGCUAUCGCUGUUGCCAUCUACACAGCUACGCUCAGCAAUCGCCUCGACAAAACAAUCCCGCAGUAUGUUGCACCCGUGGCACUACGCAUGGGUCUACCACAAGGCUCUUUGCAGAGCCUUUACGCCGCCGUACAAGGCAAAGCUUCAUACGACCUCGUCAACGGCUUGACCCCUGCAAUUAAAGAGGCAGUGCAGUACCCAUGGCAAGAGGCGUUCAUCAAGGCCGGCGGCACAGUCUUUUUGGUUUCAGCCGCCUUCUCGGGCACAGCACUCAUUCUAUCGCUAUUUUUCACCAACAACGACAAGAACACUUUGGACUUCGUGGCCUCGAAUGUUCAUGGUAAGGCUAUGGAGCGGCAGUAUGCUACGGAGCACAAGGAGUUCAGGCGCUCUUCUCUUACUGGUGCCGAGUCAUGA